UGUGGGGCGGGGGCGGCGCGCGGCCAUGGCGGAGCUGAGCGGCGGCACCGAGCCCGUGCCCGUGGCGCUGUGGCCGCCCGGGGAGGCCCCGCCGGUGUUCCAGUACAGCCCCGAGAGCGUGGCCGGCGCAGACGGAGAGCUGGAGCCCAACGCCGUGACCUUCCCGGGCUGCUCCUGCCUGUCCCGCGGCCACAGCUACAGCGGCCGGUGCCUCAGGCUGCCCGAGCAGCAGGAGCAGCCCUUCUCCAGCCCCGUGUUUGAGUGCAACAGCCUGUGCUGCUGCGGGGAGCGCUGCCAGAACAGGCUGGUGCAGCGCGGGCUGCAGCUGCGGCUGCAGGUGUUCCGCACCCGCAGGAAGGGCUGGGGAGUGCGGGCGCUGGAGCCCAUCCCCCGGGGCAGCUUCGUCUGUGAGUAUGCUGGGGAGGUGCUGGGCUUUGCUGAGGCUCAGAGGAGGAUCCAGGCCCAGGCUCCACAGGAGCCAAACUACAUCAUAGCAGUGAGGGAGCACCUGCACGACGGGCGAGUCAUGGAGACCUUCGUGGAUCCCACGCGCAUCGGGAACGUGGGCAGGUUCCUGAACCACUCCUGUGAGCCCAACCUGUUCAUGGUGCCUGUCAGAGUUGACUCCAUGGUGCCCAAACUGGCACUUUUUGCAGCCACUGAUAUUUCUGCUGGAGAGGAACUUUCAUAUGAUUACUCUGGAAGAUCCCAUAAUGUACCAGCAGCUGGCAGAGAACACAAAGCUGUGGAGGAAGAGAACAGCCUGAGAAAACCUUGCUACUGUGGUUCCCGCACGUGUGCUGCCUUCUUACCUUGGGACAGCUCCCUCUUCUCCACACCAGCUACUUCUCCAUAGCCUUUCAACACUUAAAUAUUAUUUUCUCUAGCAGUUAAAUCAAACUCUUUAUGUUCCAACAAGUAAGCACAUGUGGGUUUGAGGAGCAGCAAAGAGACAUGGUUUUGAGAAUUAAUUCUGUGCAAAACCUUUUUCAGGGGCUUUUCAAGGUGGACAGUUCAAGGGGUUAUUGGAGCUUUGAGAUGUUUCAAAAUCAGUGACUAAGCCAGGCCUGGUGUUUCUGUCUGGUUUUCCUCUGACAGCUUGGUGUAUGUUAAAGCAGCUCUCAGUUUGUACCCUGCAGAAAGAAUUUGUACCUUUGGCACUUGUACGUGGACAGGACAUGGGAUAACAGCAAGAAAAGUCACUGACAGUGGCACAAGACAUUGAGAAAUUACACUUGCAAGAAAGGUAUUAGUUUUCUUAAAACCCAUUAAAUUAUUUGUUUUAAAUUA